CUCUUCUUUUAUCGUCGACCCGAGCCAUAGCUAUCUUCAACAGCAAAGCCACGCGAGUGAAUACACACCCUAGCUACUUCGUCCGCCGAAAGUCGCCCAGUGUGAACUCAUUCCAACAGCCAGCGCAUUACUUACGACAGGAUGGCCCCAAAUAAAACAAACAUGACCAAUUGGCUUUCAGCGACGAGCCCCUUGAAUCCUUUCUCAUGCACGAUGGGGGCCAAGCGGCCAGCUUCACUCUCAGAUCCAUUCCCUAAAUAGAGACGACAUGUGCCUGGAAUGAGACUCUUGCAACAUAUCCUCUCCUCAAUUUCGGACGAUAUCCAGUAUGCCGCCUCUUUCAUCAGAAAGCGAAGAUGACACCAGCCAACAUGUCUCCAGUAGCAAGGGACAGUCUGGCCCGACAGUCAUGUAUGCCGCAGCGCCAGAUACGCCAGGAAUACCAUCAGACAACUCCCCAUCCAUCUCUGAUCUCUUUCGUGAGAUGCAAGAGACCAACCGGCUUCUCAAGCUCAUGUUGGCCGCUCACAAGCCGGAUGUGCCCGCAUCGCCGGUUUCUCAACUGUCAAGAGAGACCACCUCCAACAGUGACCCGGAUCUGGUCAAGAUGAAAGUUCGAGAGUUGGUCCAUGACAUUGCGCACCAGUCAUUCAGUCCCGCGGACUCCUCGAACAUCAAGAGAUUCAUUCGCAGCUUCAUCGAGGAACGCAUCUCCCACAAGCCAAGGGAAGGCCACCAAGGAGAGUAUGGCCCCGGUGCAUACGUCCCCAUUUAUGUAUCAUUACGAGACAACCACUCCGGGCCACUCGCAGAGAUAUACUGGAACUGGGAAAGACCGAACAAGUUGGACCCCGUUCACCGAGUCCUCAUGGACGCAUCUCAGGUCUCUAAUGUCACCAAGCAAUGGGGUUCAAGGUUUGAUCUCGAUGCUCUGACCUUUUCUCACUCUCGUGAGACAGGAUGGAUCAUCGGCAAGAGUCCUGCCCUAGAGGGAGCCAUCAUUGGAUGUCCACUGUUUUACUCUGGCCAAGGGCCAGCACAGAAGCUGGUGACGGCGAGGUCCGUCUUUGACAAGGACUGGAAGCCCAUCGCCUCAGCAAUGGCAGCCCCUGAUAACUUGACCAGCCCCGGCUCGCUGUGGCAUUGCACUGCUCCUUUGCUCGACGGCGGUUUGAUGGCUCUUGACCGCCUCGCACUCAUAACCACCGUGGUGUUGAACAAACCCAACACCGAGACCGGCAUCGCCCACCGCUUUCUUCACGAGUUUUGUGCCGGAUGGAAACCUCUUUACCUGCGUGGCAAUCGCAUGAAUUACACCGGGUGGUCAGGAAACUCGGACACCACUUACCAACACACCAUCCGCUGUUUCUCCCCCGCUAGCAGGUCUGAUAAGGUCAAUUUUGGCUUGAGGCCUCAUGCGAAAUGUGUCAGACAGUCCGGCCAGUUCCCCUCUCACCUUGCAAGCUCAUCCUCUUCCUUCACCGAACGGAGAAUGAGUCUUCUGUGCCACUGGGACUACACUUAUCCCCCCCAUGGGUUCCGUAUUGUUGCCUUGACCGAUGCUAUGACCAUGAAACAAGAUGGUGAUAUCAAUGUGUCAAAUGACUUGUUUACCGACUGGGGAGAUAGACACUUUGCUGUUGAGGGGCUGAAUGCUGGCUAUCAUUUGCUCCAAAGCAGCAUCCACCGUCUGCUCAUGUUUUGGGAAACCGAGUGGGGCCACUGUUUGGACGCAUUGGAGAGCAACGUCAACACUUCUCUCCUCGACAUUCUCGACGAUGAGACCAGCUCCCGCCUCAUGUUUGACACUUCCUUUGAACGCUCCAGAGUGUACUUCAAGACACUGCAGAUGCUUCGCAUCUUUGCAGACGCCAUUCGGGAAACUGGCCGCGAUUUGCAAGAGAUGGACCCCGAGAAGCUGAUCCAAGGGAGUUUCCGGCGCGCUGGACACGAUAUCCAGGCUUUCUUGAAACAGGACCCGCUCAAGGACAAGGCGCUCUGGAACAACUGGAAGAUUCUAUUCGACUUUCAGCAGCAAACUGAAGAAAAACUGUUGCGAAGAAUUGCUGAAAAGACGGAGGAGAUUACCAGUUUGAGAGACGGGCUGUUCAACGCAACCUCUCUCCGGGAAGCCUCGAGGGCGACUACAAUGAACCGAUAUGUCAUUGUUUUCACCAUCAUGACUGUUUUGUACCUACCCCCUAGCUUCACCUCUGCCCUGUUUGGCACCCCACUCUUCGAAGCCGAGUCGCAAGAGGAAACCGUGGAGCGAUUCAAGACAUCAACCAUCAUCGUGUGCGUCAUCACCUAUGUUCUCGCCAUUUCCCUCAUCUGGCUAGCCGACAAAUGGGACAUUGCCGGUGUUGUGUACCAUGACCUACGCACAUUGUGGCGGGGCACCACGGACCGGCUGAGACGCAGGGGACCUGAUGGGUGGAGCUUGAGGUCAAAAUCACGAAACUCGAGUUCUGAUGCGUUGGUGGAAGGCAAGCAAGCUGUGUAGCCUCUGUCUAACUGGUGCUGUACUUGGCCCAGACCUUCUCAUCGUACUCGUCCAUCCACUUGACAUACUCUGGCCCCGCGGCAGCCCACCCCUUAAUCCCACCCCCCAGAGCAAGACUCUGCAUCUCGGUGUCGUUUUGGGACGAGAUAUAGUCCGCCAGCCAACUGGCUGCUCUGCUCCCUCUACCUGUCGAUGAGCCUGUCCCUAGCGUUCAGCAAUCUGGGGGGGGGGCAUUUCAAAGACAGGGCGACCUCGUGAAGGCUUACCACAAUAAAAGAUGACCUUUUUGAGCCCAGCAGCCUUGAGGGUGGAGUACACCGUUGGCAGAGUCGGAUAGAGGCUUUGAGCAGGGAGGUUGAUGGAGCCGCGGAUUGUACCGCCCUUGUUUAUCUCAGCGUCGUGAUCUCAUGCGGCGUAAAAGGAUGCAAAUGGGAAACACCUACCUCAAAGUCGUUUCUUCUCAGGUCAACCAGCACGGUAUCUUUUCUCCCGUUGGCGAGAAUGGACAGGACCUCGUCACGGGGGAUGAAGACGGUUUGAGAAGAGGGGGCGGGGUAGGCGGCGUGCCAGGGCGUUGGGACAGGAGUGUCUGUGGACAUUUUGCGGAGGGAGUAGGUGUGCAAUUGGUGAGGUCGGAUUGUCCUGGAUUUUGGAAAGCUGCGUACCGAAAGAAGAGAUGUUGAUAUGAGGAAUCUGUUCAUUGCAAUUCGUUGCAAGAGUUGACGAGAGAACCUCGUCCGGCAAUGAUGCCGGAUCAUGCAUGGUGGGGCAAUGGGGAGGAGGAAUGUCACUGGCGACUUGUGAUUGGUUGGGAACGAACAAACUCCCCGAACCCGCCUCUUGUCAGUGCUGCCUGGUCCAUAAAAAGGGGGUCGAAAGGGGGGCCAAUAACAUGUUCAAAAUACGGGCCACGAAAGGUAUCACAGAUGAUUGUCAUGAUGCACAGGUAAUAAACGUCAAAAACUUUAUGGGAUUAUACUUUCACAAUUAUGUAGGCAAGGUAAGCACUCAACGGCCAUGGAAAAGACAAGACACGCCGCCCCUCCUCAUCAGUCCCUGAUUUCAAGGCCUAGAAGGCAUCCCCCGUCCCCACCGUCCCAAAACCUCCCCAAUCUCCCCCUCCCUCCUCCGAAUCCUCUCAUUCUCCCUAUCCACCAGCUCCAGCAGCCUCAGCGUCAAGCUCUCCCAAUACCACAAGCUCCCCUCCAGCCCCCUCAGCGUCCUGAUCCUCCUAAGCGAAGUAUCAAACGCCUUCCCCCUCGCCAACCACUCCUUUGGGUCCAAACCCAAAAGCGUGUUCCACAGAAACGUCGCAGCGGCGUACCGCUCGCAGAUGGCGUCUCCAAAGCGUUUAAGCUCAACAGACAGGGCUUGGUUGGCAGGAACGAGGUCAGCGCGGAUGAGGGCUUUGGCUGCUAGCAACCAGCCUUCGUGUGUGGUGGCGAGACGGGCUUUGCAGUCCCGCAGCCGCUCGAUGGCGUCGUCGAGGGGAAUGAGGUUGUCGUCGCUCCGGACGAGGGGUUUGGAGGGUGAUUCUUGGAAUUCGGGGAUGGGUGGUAACCUGCUGGGGUGUCCUUGCCGGGAGGUUGCCUCGCGGAGUUGGGAUUGGGUGGUGGAAAAGAGGCGGAUUUCCUCUUCUUGGAUGGGGCGGAGGGAGGAAGAGGAACCGCGGUUGUUAUUGGUGCUGCUGCUGCCCCGAGUUGCGGGGGGCCGCCGUGUGUGAACCUGGCUGGCGGAUUCGCUUGGGGUGACGGAGCAGGGCCGGGAUGCUACGAGGUCCAACCAGUCUAUAUCAUCGUUAUUGUUUGGCUCCAUGUUGAAGAGUGGAUGUAUGAAAAGCUUACCAAUGGCGAGGAUGACGUGUUGAAUGUUGUUGUUAGUGCUUUCUGCCUCCGUCUUACUUGUUGUGAGAGAAAGGCUUUUGUGAGGAUGAAGGGAAUCUAAGAGAAGAUGCCAAUGGGAGCAAAAGCCCGUCUUUAAUGCUUACAGCGUGAGGGUCAGAAACCUAUUCUUGUCCCAACAAAGGCAUUGUCGAC